AUGGCAGGAGGUAGGAAUGACCGUGCAAUCGUUGAUGCUCUACAAGCGAUGGCUCAGGCUCUUGGUAAUUUGAACCAACGACCAGAGAUAGAUUGGUUAGAGAGAUUCCAGCGAAAUAAUCCGCCAAGCUUCCGUGGAGGUUAUAAUCCCAAUGGAGCUGCUGACUGGAUUUUUGAAGUUGAAAAGAUAUUCAAAGUUAUGGGAUGUCCUUUGAUACAGAAGGUGACUUUGGCUGCCUUCAUGCUUUCUGGAGAGGCUGGCAUCUGGUGGCAAGGUGCUUUGCAAAGAAUGAUAGCUGUAGGUACCCAAGUGAACUGGGAGAAUUUCAAAUUUUGUCCUAUGUAUGAUGGUGUGGGCAAUGAGGAGGAAAAAUGUGUGAAGUUUGUGAGUGGUCUUCGCCUUGAGAUUAAACAAGUUUUCAAUUAUCAAGGGAUCACUCACUAUCAUGAAUUGGUAAACAAGUGCCGAGUAUAUGAUGAGGACAACUGUGCUAGGGUAACUCAUUAUAAGAGUGGAGGACCCAUGAGGAAUAAUAAGUUUGGUUCAUCUAGUAAGGGUAAGCCUUACACCAAGUCUGUUGGAGAUUCGAGUUCUAAACCAGGUCAUAGGGAAGUUGAGUGUCGGACGCAAAGAGUUGUAACAUGCUUCAAAUGUCAAGUGAAGGGACACAAAGCUAGUGAAUGCCCCCAGAAUAGGAAAGAAACAACAGACAUUGGAGAGACCGUUAGCAAACCUAGAGCGAAAGGAAGGGUGUUUGCCUUGAGUUGUGCUGAAGCUACUCAAUGCAAAGACUUAAUCCAGG